UUUCUUUAAAACGUCUUUUAUUUCAUCCUUAAAUCUCCAUUCGUUUUUGAGAUACGAUUUUUUGAAUUCUUAAAAUCUAAAACGAUCAAAUUUUAAUCUGUCACCUAUCAAAACAAUAUGAAACUGUCCGCUGAUCUUUUUAGAAGAGAUAAAUUAAAGUAUAUUGAUGAUGAUACAACAACAGCAGUAGAACAAAUUUGUUAUAAACCCCUCGAAGUAAAACCAUGCGCGAUUAAUUUCCAGUGUACAAAUCGAAGUCGAGAAUUAUAUAUGAUAAUUGACGCCGUUUAUGUAGUCGAUUUAAUGUUAGCGGCUGUAGUAAAAUUUGCAAAACGAUUAAAAUUAACUCAAUCAGAAAUCACAAGACGACCGUCAUUUGUGGUAAUAUGCGAUAUUUACUCAUUAAUACCCCAAGAAUUACUUUAUUCUGGUAACGAGAAUUAUUUGUGUGUAAUGAGAGUGAAUCGAGCGUUUAGAUUCGUUCGAUUGGGUUAUAUGCUAUAUAAAUCUUAUAAUCAUAUAAGCAGGCAUAUUUUGAUGUACAUCGUUGAUUAUUCUUUGUUAUUUACUUUACUUGGAUUUAUUAGAUUUUGUGUUUAUUGCACAAUGGCUUGCGGGGGAGAAAUCUGUGUAAAAUCGGCGUGUGAUGCUAAAAAUUUUUUGAGAGGAUUAAUAUCAUCAAUGCAACAUAUUAACGAACGAAGAGUUGAAAACCAAUUAUAUUACACUCUUGUAUGGGCUGUUUAUAUAUUAUGUACGGUUUCUUUGGGAUUUUUUUUCCGAGGUUUAUUCACUGUUCAUUUAAUUCGUCGAGGUACACAUCAACACAUUUAUAUGUAUCGACAUAAAUUGGUGCGACUUAGAAAUAAAUUAUUUAACAUACCUGAAUAUAUAAGGAAUUCGGCCGAAAAGGGGUUUAAAAUAUAUUGGGAACAAUGUCGUGGUUAUUCAAGAAGCAAAAAUAUUUUUAUUAUUUUAUCCCCGGUGAUGUUUUCUGAGAUAUUAAUGGAUAUUAGUUGGCCCGCUUUUAAACAUUCGAAAUUAUUUAGAAGUAUGAAUUUGCCGUUUUUGCGAGAAGUCUCGUUGUAUAUGGAACAAAUUUAUUUAUUACCCGGCGAGAUUAUUUACAGAAAAGGGGAAUUAAAACAGAAGAUGAUUUACGUCGUUUCCGGUACAAUUUCGAUUUUAUCCGAAGAAGACGGCGAAACUCCGAUUAUUUCUUUCACAUCCGGCACGGUAAUCGGCGAAACUUCCUUAUUUUUAUCAUCGAAAUCGACGAAUUUCGUUCAAUGCCAAACUUUUUGUCAAUUACACAUUUUAGAACAACAAAAAUUGUCGAGGAUUUCCUCCAAAUUUCCUUACGAGUACAAAUCGAUGAAAUCAUCGAUUUACGACCGAUUUAAUUACGCGAUUGAAAGUAAUAAAAUCGUUGCUGUGGUAAAAAACAGUUUGGAUUUAAAUAAAAGGAAUAUUGAUUUUCAUACAACGUUUUGGUUAAAAAACAUUUUGCAUUGUUUAUUAUCGACGAGUGCUGAAGCGGCGGCGCGCCACGAUUUUCAAAAUAUUCAUUUAAUGCGGGAAUUUAAAGAAGACGAUUUAAGAAAUUUGUUAUUUUGCGCGAACAAUUUGGAUAUGUUGGUUAUUGCGGAAAGAAUGAACAAAACUCAAGACACGAAUUUCGCAAGAUUAAAAUUUCCGUAUAUCCUACACGAAAGUUCGUUUAUUUUGAAACUUUGGGAAUUAUUCAUUGUGAUUUGGACCUUAGUUUUUUCUUUUGCAAUACCCUACAUGGUUUUUGCCAGCGACUUUUUACCAACGUGGUAUUACCCUUUAAUUCUUUUUGGGACUUUUGUGUUUAUGGUUGAUAUUUAUAUACAGAUAUCGACUACGAUUAAAACUCCUUCUGGGGUUAUGAACACUUUGAAGAAAAUAACAACGGUUCGAUUUCAAUCGUUUGGUUUUUGGUUGGACAUUUUUUCUUGUUUGCCUUUUGAGGUUUUUAACCCAAUCGCGGUUGAGGAAUUAACGUCGAAAAGUGUGUCAAUGAUGCAUUUAAACCGGGUUUUGAAGAUAUGGAGGAUUGCGAGGUUAUUUUCGGCUUGGAUGAAUAGCUGCACGGCGAAUCACGUCGUGGUUAUUUAUUGCCAAUACACUUGGAUUUUUUCUUAUGUAACUUUUAGCCUUUUUAUGUAUUUAAAGCACACGAAUCCUGAUUCGGAUUUGUUGCAUCUCAUUUAUAUAAGCGCCCAAUGGGCUAGAGGAUUAGAGUUUACUUUAACUGGUUAUGUUAAAAACAACACGAUUUAUACGCUUAUUCAGGAAUAUGUCGGGUUAACGAUCUUAUCGUUUUAUGGCUCAAUUUCUUAUAUUCACGUUAUUAAGCAUUUUAACGUGUUGAGGGUGCAAGAAAUUAGCGCGGGGUUGAUUGCAAUGGUUAAAAGGAGCAAUUUGAAGGCUUAUUCCCCAAGGAUUAUUAAUUAUUUGUUGGUGCAAUGGCAUUCAAAUCGUUGUUACCACCUUUACAAUGCCAACACACAACCUGUUUAUUUCUCAAAAACCACAUUAGCCGAAACUAUCGAUACGAUGUACGGGGAUCAAGUCCGAAAAAUUUCUUUUUUCCAAUACCUAAGCGAUAAUUCAAUUUAUAACUCGUGCGAUAUAAUGACCGUUUUAAUUUUUGCCCCAAACGAAAUUAUAACUUACUACGGGGGAAUCACAAGUUAUAACUACAUAGUUAUAAACGGUAUAGUUGAGAUGAUUAACUCCCAAGGAGAGCAAAUUAAAAUCAUAAAAGACGUUUUUGCUUGUAAUUUAAUUGAGGUGAUGUUGCAGAUGCCGAAUGCGCAUACUUUUAGGGCGAUAACCCAUUGUAUCGUGUUGAGAUUUGAUCGGACGAAAUUUUUUCGGAAAUUACUUUAUUGCAAGGCAGAUUUUGUGAAUGUUAAAACGACGUUGAAAGCAAGUACCGAUAUUAAAAUCGCUUUAAUUGAUAUGACUAAAGAUGCACCAAGCGAAAUAGAAGAAAAGGAGCAUGAAAAAAAGAAUUUUUUCGUGUAUCCUUUGAUGAUGGAAAAAGAUAGCUUUCAAGAAUACGAUUUUUUUAUCCAUUACGAUCGAUUAUACCCUUUCGAGUUUUUAAGAUACUUCUUUUUGCGCCUUACAAUAAUUCCGGAUGGGACUUUUUUGUAUGUGUGGCAAUGGAUCAGAUCAGUUUUUGUUUUAUUAACAACGAUUUGUUACUUCGUUCCUGUUAUAAUCGUGGAAUACGCUUGGAUACUCAACGUUUUAGACGUUCUUGCUUUAAUCGACAUUUACAUCCGUUUACACGUUUGUUUUUACGAUAAAAAUGGGCUUUUAAUAACUCACCCCUUGCAAACAGCGAGGAAUUACGCUAAAUCAGGCUUAUUAGUCGAUAUAUUCUCAAUAAUCCCAUUUCGAUACAUGUUCACCGUUAAACGCGAUUGGGGUUUAAUGUUAGUAAAUAUUAACCACUUUUUGCAACUUCACAUUUAUUUACAACAAAUGAAAUACAUCCGAACCGAUAUAGUUAAGCCAGUUUCGAAAUGGUACAGCUUAUUUUACGUCCCGUUCAUUUUGGUUUUAUGUAACGGAAUGGGGAUGUUAAUUUUUACGUUGGAAUGCACGAUAAGUGAGGAUUCUAAGGAAAAUAAUGGGAUUUAUGUUGGUUAUACUUGCAUUAAAGAUUCGAUUUUGGAGAAUUCGCCUUUUUUGAAGCCAAUUUCGUUAACUCGCGCUCAUUUGUAUUACGUUUAUAUAAGCACCGUUUUAAUGACGAACGUGUCGUUUCAAGGACCAAUUUUAAACUCGGACGUUGCUAAAUUGUUCUUUAUAAUUGGACUGUUUGUGAGUUUAUACGUAGGAGUUAAAUUAAUCGGACAACUUCAACAACUUCACUUCUUCGGGCAAAACGAACUGUUAGAGAAUCAAAUCGCCAUGAAACAUUUAAAAAAACAUUUAGACACGACGAUUCGCGACUCUAAAUUGCGAAAAACGAUUAUAAGAACGUUCGAAUUGAAAUGGUUGCGAUUACAAGAACAAGGCGUUUUUCGGUUGGUUGCGCCGUUUACUUUGGCUUUAAGAACCGAUAUUUUGUUUCAAUUUUAUGGGAAAAACUUGGUGAAUAAUUCGCCUUUUUUACACGACUCUUCGCUUUUCUUUAAAAAUAUUUUGCCGCUUUUAAAGUUCGAUUUGAUUAUGAAAGGGGGAUUUUUGCAAACGAUUAAUGAUAUCGGCGAUUAUCUUUGUAUAGUUUAUCAAGGUAUGGCUGAUGUUUUAGCGCCGGAUGGGACAACUCUUCAAACGUUGCAAGCUGGGAGUAUUUGUGGGAAUAUUUCAUCGACGCAAUACGCAAGGUUAAAAUUAAGCAUCGUCGCUACAACUCACGUCGAAAUUUUGUUAUGCAAAACUCGAGUUUUCAUUAAUUUAUUGCAAUAUUAUCCCGAAUUACUUCGAGAAUUUGAAAUGUUACGGGCGAAAUACAUUUAUUACGUCCCAACGCAACCUGGAAUUGUAAGAAUUAACGAAUUGGAGAACGCGCAACGUUCGAAAAAUGUCUUUGUGAGAGUUUUAGAACCAAAUAGUCAUUUCGUAAUAGUUUGGACUUUAGCUUUUCUUAUUUUCGCCUGUUAUUUCGGCGUGAUUCUCGAUAUUUAUCAAAUAGGAUCUGGCGAUUACAGCAUGACGGUUUUUACUAUUCAAUAUGUUUCUGAUUUGAUGUAUUUGGCGCACUUUUUAUUGCAAGAUAGAGUAGCUUAUGAAAACGAAUGGGGUUACAUGGUUUACAAUGUGAAACAAAUAAAAAAACGAAAUCGUGAAAACAAAUUUAUGUUAAUGAUAACGAUUAUUAGCAUAUUUCCUGUUGAUGUUUUAAUUUAUACAUUAAACGUUGUUUUUACCAAUAACAACAGUUUUAACGGCAUUUAUAGACUAAACCGAACUUUGAAAAUAGCUUAUUUAAUCAAAUACAUUCAAAUCAAAUCCAGAAAAUUAGAUGUUAACUUAUUUUUAUUGAAAUUAAGUAGUAUCUCGCUUUGCUCGUUCUUAAUUGUAAAUGUUUAUGCGAGUAUUAUAUCUACUAUUAGUUGUACAAUUAAACCAAAUCUUGCCCCGGAAAUUCCUAGUUGGGAUGAAAGAGCUGAAUGGACUUCGGAUGUAAUAUUUCUGGAACAUUUACCUUUUCUUCAUAUCGUUUGGUCUGCUUUUACAGUUUCGCAACAACAAAAUUAUGUACCUCAAGGAACGAUUUUAAUUAUUCUUUUCGUUUUUACAAUGAUUAGUGGUUAUUAUUUUUACAUGGCUGCUUGUUGCGAAGUUUUCAGCAUAGUUAAUGGUGUUUACGUUAAAAAGGGACAAUAUUUAAAACUUUACUACCACAUCAAAUACUUUUUGCUCACCCAAAAUCUUUCGGCAUCACUUCGAAUGAAAUGUAUAAGUAUUUGUAGCGCUUUAUGGAUAAAUUGUGAGGGGGAAAUGUCUCCACGACUUUUAGAAGAAAUGUCUCCUUAUUUGCGAGACGCCACAAUGAAUUGUGCUUUUAAAUUUUUCGUUGGUGCUCAUCCGAUUUGGGAUCAAUGUCAUAAUGAUUUUAUUAGACAAGUUACUCAAAAGAUUCGGUAUAGAAUUUAUUAUCCGGAUGAAUAUGUGCAGUUUAAAGGUGCUAUUGAUAGAACGAUGUAUUUUAUUUUUGAUGGGGAAGUACACAAACUUAUGGAUGAAUACAUGAAUAACGAUAAAAUAGAGGAAAUUUUGUACAAAGGUGAUUCUUUUGGGAUAGAACAAGGAUUGCAAAAAAGAAAAGCUCACGACUAUUCUUAUCGAUGUAAAAGGACUUCUACGAUUUUAUGCUUACAUUUAUUCGAAUGGGAAUAUUUACUAAAAUUUUUCCCUGCUUCAAGACAAAUUUUAUUCAACAGAAUUAUAAAAGGAGAAUAUUUUUAA